UUCUUGCUUUGCAAGAUAUAAUAAAUAGUGGGGAAAUUCAACCUUUUGGCGCAGUAACAGUACAGCGGAACUUUUAUUUUUUGCUUACAAGCUUUCCCCGCCAACGGCAACAUGCACUGCACACACAUCAGCCUUGUUUUAAGCUUUGGGCAGAAUGAAUGUUCCUGUUGAAUUAGAAUGUAUGCUAAUCUUCCUUUCUCUAUCAUAGACCAUGUCAAAAUCACCUAUCACUUGCCACGUACUGGACAGCACACUUGGCAAGCCGGCUUCAGGGGUAGCUGUAUCUCUCGAAACACUCUCAGGGGCAUCUUCGGGGCAAGCAAGUGUUCUAGCAAAGGGACAAACGGACAAUGAUGGAAGAUGCACAACACUUUUAGAUCCAAGCACUAAGCUCAAUGGCGGUAUAUAUAGGAUGACAUUUGAGACCGGUUCAUAUUUUGCCAAGGAUAAUCGACCGACAUUCUAUCCUCGAGUGGAGAUCCUCUUCACCCUUCCUGAUCCACCAGAUCCACACUAUCAUAUUCCUCUUCUCUUAUCCCCAUUCUCAUAUACCACAUACAGAGGAUCAUGAAGUUGUGAUUAAAAUCAAUAAUAUAUCAAUACAAGCUAAUGUUAAAUCUGUGCAGUUUUGGAUACAAUACGAAUUGAUGCAAGAUUAGAAUCGACCACCUUGUUGUUGCUGUUGCAUCAUCUUUGCGUUCUCUUCUUGGAAUCUAGCUCCGACCCGUUCAGAAUGUUUUAGCCAUUUUUGUGUACAGUUUUCAACGCAAGUUUGUUCUUUCGAACUCAAUGCCUUGCUUGUGAAAUCGUUGCAACAGCUAUCAAAACACCUCU